AUGGCCGCCGGCUCGAACGCGGACCAAGUCUGCACGAAGCUUUUGGAUAUUGUUGCGGUGGUCGACGAAUCGGGCUCCAUUGGCACCACGAACUAUGCGAGAGUGCGUUCCUUUCUACAAGGUUUCGCUCAAACCAUGCCUCUUUCCCCUGACGAUGUCCGCGUGGGUUUGGUUACUUUCGGAACCAAAUCCGUGGUUCGCUGGGAACUCAAGGACCCUACGGCUCAGGACGUAGGCUUGUUUACAAGAGCAGCGGCCAAACUGCCUUAUGCAGCAGGUUCCACUUUCACGCACCUUGGAAUUAAGGAUGCGGGGGACAUUCUUUUCAACAAUAAACGGGGAGGCAGGGAAGGUGCGCCGAAAAUGAUUUUGCUCAUGACGGACGGCGCCAGCAGUAGGAGAUCACAAACUUUAGCCGCUGCAGAAGACUUACGCAAACGCGGGGUGAUUUUUGUAGUUUUGGGAGUGGGUGCGGGAGUUAACUCUAGUGAAUGUCGAAGCAUUGCAGGCUGCACUAGCAACGAUUGCCCCCGCUACUUGCAGUCGAAUUGGGAGAGUGUUGGCAACCAGAUCACCGGCAUCAUUAAGGCUGCAUGCGUAGACCUUGCAAAAGAUGCAGUAUGCAGCGAGUGGAGCGAUUUCGGGCCUUGCGAGGGGGAGUGCGGCACAGAGGGGAGGCGGAUUAGCACGCGUGUAGAGAUUACCCCACAGCGGCCGGGAACACCACCGUGCCCUACCUGUGAGGCUCCGCAGGGCCGGUCCUGUGCUGACCAGGCUCCUGGGCUUAUUCGAGAGGAGCCGUGUACAAUGCCCGCCUGCAGAGCUGAUGCGCAUUGUGGGGAGUUCGGCGCCUGGUCCGAGUGGAGCGCCACUUGCGGGUCGGCAACGCGAUACAGGGAGAGGGAGGGCUACGAGAAUCCACCUGCUAGCGGAGGUGGUCUGUCUUGCCUUGAACAGAACCCCCCAAAAUUUCCAAAGGAGGUAGAGACUGUUCAAAAAGUCCCUUGCCCAGUUCAGCAACAACCCGGACCCUGGGGUAACUGGUCGGACUGUUCCGCGACAUGCGGAGGCGGUACAAGGCACCGCGAACGGCAGGGCUAUCCUCAGGAAGGCGAGCUCCAUGGGGGAGAGACGCUUGAAAAGCAGGGUAUAUCUGUACGGGAGACUGAAGCGUGCAAUGAAAAUCCAUGCCCUGUCGAUGCAACAUGUGGUGAGUGGACUGCUUACAGCGCGUGCACGAAGGUUUGUGGCGGGGGCACGCAAGAGCGAAGAAGGGAACCUUGGUUAGAUAAUGCUCAACAUGGCGGGCGAUCGUGCAUGGAGCAGCACCCGGAAGGUCCGGUGGAAUCUAUUGAAUGCAACACGCAGCCUUGUCCUGUUGAUGAAGUCGUCGGCGAAUGGCAAGGAUGGGGUCCUUGCAGCGAACAAUGCGGCGGUGGAAAGCAGGUCCGCUACCGCGGGCCUAGCAUUCAGGAGGCUCGGUUUGGAGGAAAGACCAUCGACGAGCAGAACGACAGCCUCCCUGAUGGCCAAAAGAUUUUAACAUCCGAGGAGAGAGCGUGCAAUGAAGUACCUUGCGGCCCAUGCACACUUCCUUUCACCGAAUGGACCGCCUGCCAGUCAUGUUCCGGGAGCAGAACACGGGAAUCCAUGGUGGCUUUUGACUACGACGACCAGCGGUGCUUGAGCUCGACACAUGAGGAGGAGAGCUGCGCGGCGCAUUGUGGAGAGUCUUCCAGCGGCGGUGGCGGUGGAGGCGUUGGGGGGGGCGCUGGAGGUGUCGGUGGAGAAGGUUCUGGAGCUGAUCAGGGGGGAGAUGGGAGCUCCGGGGAAAGCUCGGAAGAAGAGAAAGAGGAAGGUCGCGGUUUUCCGACAGCAGCAGUGGCAGGCGGUGUAGCUGGAGGAAUCCUGGCUAUCGCUGCAGGAGCUGGUGCUUUCUAUGGCAUGAGCGGUGGAGCUGCUAGCGCUGCCGGUGGAACUGCUGUGGAGGUCAUGGGGGAGGCAGGCACAGCUAAUCCUCCUGAAGUCGAAAAAGAGUCCCUUAUUAGUGCAGGCGAGCAGUCAGAGAUUCUCUUCCUUUACCUCUUCCUCCCGCUCGUCGCCUGCCCCGGGAGUCUAGACAAACAGGGAGAAGCUGCAGGCCUUGCUGAGAGCGAAACUGGGCCCCUUCUGCUGGGGCUGUACAACGCACCUUUUCCGGCACAGCAUCAGACAGCUGCGUUUGUGGUUUUGGUACUGGGAGGGUCGGUGAAGGACGUGCUUCUGCGGCGUGCUGGCAUCCCACCACAGCAGUAG